CACUGUUUCCUCUCUCUCUCUCUCUAUCUAUCUGCUUUUCUCUCUCUAUCUGCUUUUCUCUCUCUUGACUGUGUUUUUUCCCUGCAAAAAAGUCCGGAAUUUCAUAUCAAAUUCCUCUCCAUUUGGCCCUGAAAUUCCCGAAUACGUGCUCAGCAAUGCAUGAUCUUUCGUUCGAUUGCAAUUUCGAGUCAUAAUGCCCUAGCUUUCAUCGAUUAUUGCACUCUCAAAGCGGAAUUUGACUUCUCUCUCAACGGAAAUGCUUGAAGCAGUGGAGAGUUCCGUCAAUGGAGGUUUCUCGCAGUUGCAGAGCUGUGGAGACAGCAGUGAGGAGGAGCUCUCGGUGCUUCCUCGCCACACCAAAGUGGUCGUGACUGGGAAUAACAGGACUAAGUCUGUCCUUGUGGGUCUUCAAGGCGUGGUCAAGAAGGCUGUUGGCUUGGGAGGUUGGCAUUGGCUGGUUCUUACUAAUGGCAUAGAAGUGAAACUGCAAAGGAAUGCCCUUAGCGUGAUCGAGGCUCCUACUGGAAAUGAGGAGGAUGAUGACCUUGACUUCGAGAACAUGCAGUGGAAUGGAUCAGAUAUGGCAUCCGAUGACACUCAAAAAUCCCAUAGAUCAAGACAUAGAGUGCACAAGUCAUCAGGGUCAUCUCACAAGACUAUGUGCAGAUCUCUCUCUUGUGAUUCGCAAUCGAAGGGGUCUAUUUCUACUCCUCGUGGGCCCAUGAAAGUUGAUCUAAGCAAACUGGAAAUGACUGCUUUGUGGAGAUAUUUGCGACACUUUAAUCUCGUUGAUGCUAUCCCCAAUCCAUCCAAGGAGCAACUUGUCGAUGUUGUUCAGAGGCAUUUUAUGUCACAGCAAAUUGACGAGUUGCAGGUGAUUAUGGGGUUUGUUCAGUCUGCAAAGAGACUGAAGACUGUUUGCAAAUGAGAUAAGAGAGGAUCGGCAAGGUCUUUGCGUUCGGUUGUCGAUGCUAACAGAUACUGCACCCGGGUGUCCGCUCCCCCUGUAGCGAUAUUGUAACAUAUUUAUCCAGGCUUGUUUAUGUUUAUGGCUUCGAUUAGUAGGUUGGCAUUUACUCUGUUUGAAAUAUAGAGGAUCUUACCUUACCUUUUUGGUAGCGUAGUUAUGUAGAUAUAUGUAAACUUGUGACAAAGACUUCUAAGGAGAAACCUAUGCGUUCUUCCUAAGCUUGGUUGAAUGUAUUGUUAACAUGGGGAAGUGGGCGUUUUCUAAAAAUGUAUAUAUUCAUUUCUCUGCCUGGAUCUUUGCCAA